AUGGAUCCUGCUUUAAAAAAUGUUGGCACAAAAGAAGGACUUGAAAUAUGGAGAAUUAAUAAAUUUACUUUAGAAAAAUUACCUGAAUCAGAGUAUGGAAUUUUUUAUAAAGGCGAUUCAUACAUUGUAAUGAAUACUAAAUUUAAUGAGGCAUGGGAUGUUCAUUUUUGGCUUGGAGAGAAUACUUCUAUUGAUGAACAAGGAACUGCUGCAAUUAAAGCUGUUGAAAUUGAUAAUUUAUUACGUGGAAUACCAGUUCAACAUAGAGAAGUACAAGGUCAUGAGUCACCACUUUUUUUAUCUUAUUUUAAAAAAGGUAUUAGAUAUAUGGAUGGAGGAUAUGAAACUGGUUUUGAGCAUACAAAAGAUAAAUUUGAAAAUUUUAAACCACGUCUUUUAAAAUGUAAAGGUAAAAGAAAUGUUCGUGUAACACAAGUAGAAUUAUCACCAAAUUCAUUAAAUAUUGGUGAUGUUUUUAUUCUUGAUCUUGGAUUAAAAAUUUAUGUAUGGAUGCCUCCAUCUAGUGGACGUUUAGAAAGAAUCAAGGGUAUUGAAUUAGCUGAAUUUAUGAAAAAAACAGAAAGAAAUGGACGACCUGAGGUUAUUCUUCUUGAUUCUGAUUAUGAUAAUAGUCCUGAUUUUUGGAAACAUUUUGGUGGAACUCAAACAUUAAAAACAAUAAAAAAAGCUGAAGAUGUUGAAAGUGAUGAAAAUUAUUGGAGAAAUAAUAGGCAAAAAAUUAUGUUAUGGAGAGUUUCUGAUGCUUCAGGACAAGUUAAAGUUACCCUUGCUGCAGAAGCUGGAUUAGAUAAAGAAAAACUUGACUCUUCUGAUGCUUUUAUUGUUGAUGCUGUUAGUGGUGGUAUUUAUGUAUGGUUAGGAAAAAAAUGUACAUUAAAUGAAAAAAAAAAAGCUAUGGUAUGGGCAGAGAAAUAUCUUCAACAGGCUAAAAGACCAUCAUGGACACAAGUUACUAGAGUUAUUGAAGGUGCUGAACCAGCUGAUUUUGUUCAGUGGUUUAGUGGAUGGAAAAAUCCAAAAAAAAAUCAAUCAUUUGAGCCAAAAUUAUAUCAAUGCUCUAAUGAAUCUGGAAAAUUAAAUAUUGAAGAAAUUAAAAAUUUUACUCAAGAAGAUUUAGAUGGUGAUGAUGUAAUGAUACUAGAUGGUGGAAAUCAAAUAUUUGUUUGGGUUGGUACUGGAGCUAAUAAAGAAGAGAAAGAUUCUGCUGAAAAUACAGCCAAAAAGUAUCUUGAAACUGAUGCAUUACCAAGAAGUAAACAUGCAUCAUAUGAAAUUAUUUACCAGACAAAAGAACCAACAUCAUUUAAGAAAUAUUUUUCUAAAUGGAAUGAUGAACUUUUUAAAAAUGAUGCAAGAAGCAUUAAAAAUAUUCGUAAGAUAAUUUUUACAUAA